UCCGGAUGAUCUCGGAGUAGGUUCCACUUCUCUGUCGGCCGGUCGUUUUGGUUACCUUACUCCGGGGGGUGAUGGGCAGGUGAUUUUGGAAAGGAGCAGGCAGAUGAAUGAGAAUCACAGUGGGAUUUGAAGUCGGAGAGACUAUAUGGAGUUUUAAAACUCUUAGAAGAAAGCUAUGAAAUAAUGACAUCUGCAGAAUCUAGGCAGCGUCCAUAUAAAGUAUGGAGCUGUGACAGACAAACAAGAAAAGCUGUCAUGGCAUCAAAUUUGCGAGAAUUAAGAGAAAGAGGUGCUUCCAGGUUAGGUUUCUCUCCAACAGAUGCAAGAAUUGUUUUAGAAAGUGAUGGUACUGAAGUGGAAGAUGAUAUUUAUUUCCAAACUAUUGAUAGGGAUACAAUAUUUCUAAUUCUUUGUCCCGGAGAAAGGUGGCUUCCACCAGGAGUUGAAGCACUUAGAGCUGCCAUUACUGCCAUUCCUCGCAUAGUUUGUGAGGCCAUCAACAGCAUGGAACUGAUUGACAAGCAACCUUCUUGGAAAAUAAUGGAUAACAAAGGAAGAGUUACAGUUGUUCUUCACUGGGAUCAGAGAGAUAUUCGACGAUCGGCCGACGGUAGAGCUCGUUCUGGUGAUAGAGAAGCUGUUUGGAGAGUGGAAGUUGUUUCUCAAGAAGUUCAAACUGCAGACACUGCCACUUCUACUGAUGAAACUGUCAGUGCUAUCCCUCGUACUAAGCUCACUCUCGAAGGACUGGGUCCACGGCCUUCUUCAAGGAUGCUUCCACAGACUGAGGGCAAAGACAAGGAAACCAGUCCAGAACAUGAUCAUUCUCUUUGUGACUUUCACUGCUCUGCUCUCCACGAGAAAGGUGCUCAAAUUCAAGUAAACAAGUCCGUCGCUACCUCGCCCAUUCAGGAAGUGCCAGAGGGAACUGCAAUUGCUACAGCCACUGCCACCCCAUCUGUAGGGCCUGUAAAGAAAGGUACAACUAAAGGUCAUGUUCGCUUUAUGGAUGAGGCAGAAGAAACUAAAAUACCAGCUCAAGAAGAAUCAGAAUCUGAUACAGAAAAUACUGCAAAUGAAGAAGAACAAUUGUCUGAAAGGUAUCUAUUAUUAGUUGAUCAGUUAUCACUGGAGCAAAAUCGGCAUUUAAGUGUUAAAGACAUUGGCAUCAUUCUGGAAAGGCUGAGCUCAAAAAUAGUAGAUGUGGACAGGUUAGAGAGGGAGCGUGAGGGUACAGAUGUUCAUAAUUGGACAAUCAAGGCCACCAUACGUGGUGAGGUUCUUAGAGAAAUAGGAGUAAUUUACAAUGGACAAUAUUAUGGUAUAAUGGAACAUCCAGGGUACUUUUGAUGCACAGCCCUCUUUGAUAAGGCAGAGAAUUUCAUCCUUUAUUAUGUCUUUGACCUCUAGAAGCGAUGCUGUGCCAUCGCAUGGUCUUACAAAUCCUUGAAUUGAGCGAUGAGGAUAACUAGUCUAUCGCCAAUAAGUAGUAUCUCAAGAUAUAGUCUUAAGUAUCGCUGAUGAUGGUGAUUUGAAUGCGAUAUGAAAUAGCAGUCACUGCCAAUUGAGUUUGUAUUGAAAUAAAACUCCAUGUGCUGUCCCUGAUCUAUAGUAUAUGGACUGUAUUGUUAAAUAACUUUGAUGAUAUUCUUAAUAUAAAUGCUGCCACUUAGUUAUGAAUGUUGCUGCAAGCAACUUGUUUGAGAUUAAGCUAUUUAGUACUUGUUAUCUAAAAAUUACCUUUUGAUGUAUGUAUGUUCCUCUCUGUGUACAUUUAUUAUUUACUUAUUAGUGAAGAGUUUUAUAUUGUGAUUUAGCAUGUUUCAAAGUAAACAAAUUUGUUUGUUGUUGGCCAAAGUGUUCCUAUUAUGCUUUCUGGCACUUUGGAUUUUGAAUAAAAAGACUUUAUAUUGCAAGCAGGUCAGGGACAGCUUUGUUAUAUUGGGCCUGAGAUUUAUCAAUUUUAACACUGCCAUAGGGUUAAGAUCUUUAUGGAGUGCUGUCCUCUUAACUCAAAUAAAGCAUCUGUUUGAAGUAUUGCUUUAGUAUUUCCCUUGUUGGCUGCUGCGUAUAACUUGCAAAAUGUGAGGGUCUGCUGGAUUUUGGAAAGUAGUUCUCUUCCAAAUCCAUCCUGUAUAUAAUUGUACAUAGUCUAAUUAUCAUAAUGCAUUGUAGAUAGAUUUUAGUUGUGAUUUUCUUUUAGUCUGUUUUUUGUUUUGCAAGCAAGGCAGUGACACCCCCAGGGGCCUUGUCAAGAGCAAUGUCCUCAGCAGCCUUGCUGUGUUCUUGUAGGAGUCUUCCCAUGCCUAUACGAAUAUUGUUGGAAAUUACUCAGGGUGGGAAGAUUCCAACCAGGUUAUAGAAUUUGUUAUGUAUGUAUUGUAAAGAUUCUGAUUAGCCAAGAGUUAAUUCUUUGAGUCUGAGGUUUUAUGUAUUGUAUCAAAAUAACUAUUUUAUUGAUUUCUUAUUUGCAGCAGGGCUGUGUUCAUGAAUCAUAUCAAAUUGUGAUGAAAUGUGUCAAAAGUUUCAAUUUUAAAAGUUGUUGUCCUUUUGAAAUUGCCUGUGAAAAAAAUGCAUUCAUUGUCUACUUAAUAUGUUCGAUUGGAAGUGCUUUUAAUAGAAUUAUUAAUAGUCUAUAUGUUAUUUUAUUUGUCGUUUUUUAGCUUUUUGCAUAUGUUUGAAUCUUUAUUCCUCAUACUUUUGUAUUUUUUCAAAUUAUAGCCAUACUUUUGUUGAAUACUGUAAGUCAAUUUGUUGUUUAAUGAAUUGACUAUAAAUCGAUUUAUUGUUUAAAUGAAACUAUUAUCAUUUUCCAACAUAACUAAUCUUCUAAACUUACCAGCUGUUGAGUUAAUUAAACUAAUAGAUUAAAACUAUUACAUAAUUAGUGUAUCCAAUUAAAACCUAAAAUUAUUUGUAAUUCUAUAUUAAUGUUAAAUUUUGACAGAUGUUUAACUCUAUGAUAAGUUUUAUUACAUCAUUCUAAGAUAACACACACACACACACAUAUAUAUAUAUGUGUGUGUGUGUGUGUGUGUCAAGCUAAACACAUCUGUAUGAAUUCUUUAAUACUGAAAAAUAUAUAUAUAUAAGCAAAUGUUUUAAAUUUUUUCCCAGAACUGUAUAAUGAACCAUUUGCUAGCUUGAAUAAUAGUUUUAGAUGUUAAACUAAUGUAAUAAAUAUCAGAGUUUAAUCAUAUUGUUUGAAAUUUAAAUUAUGUUAUAUGCAUUCAUCCAUUAUUUUAAUGUCUGCCAGUGCUUGAAUCUGUAUAUUAAUUUUUAAUAUAGUUCUGAAACCCUCUUUUACUCUUUUACAAGUGACAGGUGUAUAAAUAUUUUAUGUAUUGAGGUGUUUUGUAUCACUUCAGAAAUCUAACAAUGUUUUAAACAUAUUGCAUGCUGACAUUUCAAUAAAUACUGUGUCUUCAUUUGUGUGUUACAAUAACAAAGUUUACAACUGUUAAACACAGCCCUCUGUACUUGUUUAUAUGCUGGAAAUAUCUUUGUGUGCAAUGUUUGUUGCUGACUAGUGAGUCUUUUAAAACGCAUGCUUAAUUUCAGCUCUUCGUAAGCUGUUUGGAUGUAUUUUUGGCAGCUAUAGAUAUAAAUUCCAUAUGGUUCUUAAAUCACUAUAACGGUGUUGAAUGUGGCCUAUGCACAAAUUUAUAAGGUUUAAUUUCUGUUGCACAGUAAUGUUACUGCAAAUUUUUUGAAUUAUUUCAACAUAAUAUGUUGGGUGUUGUGAACCCUUUUAUAUAUUUGAUGUGGAAUAGCAGUCUGAACUUGUUUGUGCAUAUUUUUAAAGUACAUGUCGUAUACUCUGUACACCUUUACCUGCUUUCUGGUUGAAAGGAUAAUAUUUAUUAUAAAGGAGUUUUUUUAUUUGAAACUAUACUUCCUCUUUCAGAAAAAUAAAUAAAUGCUUUAUCUUGUAGUGCCAAAUUUUGAGGAUAUUAUAUAAAGCAGAAUAAAAUCAUAAUUCUUUAUUAGUUUAUGAAUAGUUUGACAAUGUACUGUGAUAAACCUUGUUGUAUUUUAAAAUUUAUGAACAUUUUGUUUAAUUUCAGUUAUUCAGUAUAAAUCUUCUACCUUCUAACUCAUCUUUUUUUUGGGGGGCGGGGGCAUUGCAGAUUUUUUUGUUCUACUUAACAUGUCUUCAUUCCCACAUAUGUAUAUCUUUCAUGUAAUGAAAUUAUGUGUAUUUUUUAUGAGAGAAAAGUAAAGUUUUAGCUUGUUAGUUAUGUAAUGUAUGUUGUAUAUAGAACUUAACUUUUUGUUUUGAAUUCAAGACCUGUAUGAUUAUUUUAGUAUUAUAGAACAUGUGGUUCUAAUUUUUGACCUUGAAAUCCUAAUUUUUGGCUUGAAAUUGCAGCUGGAUCUCAUUUAUCUCAGUUGGUUAAGAAUACCACUAUUCUCAAUAAUAAAAAUUAUGGAGAAUUUGUGUAUUAAAAAUAUCAUUUUAGGGUUUGAAUAGAUCUUCCUAUUAGAUAUUCACAAUUAAUAGAUUGUAACAUAUUUGUGAAAAUCUGCUUUUAUUGGUAUACAGGAUAACAGGUGAAUGUCCUGUGUAUGACACAUAUAGCAAUAUAGCAUUAUAAUCUAAAGCAUUAUAACAAGAUAUUCUAUCUACAAAUCAAAUUUCAUUAUUUAAGAUCAUUUCUGAAUUUCUUAAUUAUAUUUUAAAGAAAUAAAAUGUAAACCAUAUUGCUGUAAAAAAAUUAAACUCAAGCUAGUUGUAUUUACUUUUUAUAUAAAAAUAUAUCAUAAUGUUUUAGCAAUUAUUGUUUGAACCUUUAUUCCUCAUAUAUCUGUAUUGUUUCAAAUUACAGCAAUGCUUCUAUUUACAGGAACUCAGAUUUGCAUAAUUCCUAAUUUUCCUUAUUUGAAUAAAUUUAUUUAGACUUGUAAUUAAUUUGCAGUAAUUCAAAAAAUGCUGAUAAAAGAAAUAUUUUGUCUGUGUAUUAGAACUUGCUUUAAAGGAAUAAUAUACAUUUAACAAUAAGCAUGUAAUUUGUCCUAAAUACUCUAAAACUCCUCAACCCUCUUCAAUUCUAAAGCAAUAACUGUUAAUUUAUGAUUGUGUUCAUGGACAGCAUAUUUGUUCCAUGUUUAUAUACACAGUGCAGUCUUUUUUUUUUUUUUUUUUUUUUUUUUACAGGGAGGGGGAAGUUUGAUAUCCUGUAUUUCUUUUUUAAUCUCAUUCUGCAACAUUUUAAAUUGAGUUAUCAGAUAAGUAUACUAACACGUAUAAAGCUCUCAGCAUUGAAAUAAUUGCAUUUAUUUUAAAAUAUUUUGUAUUAAUAUGUAUGAAAACUUCAUUCUUUGUUACAGAUUUUUUUCUUAGCAUUAUUUAGCCCUUGGUUUCAUUUGACUGAAUUCUAGUAAUGCAAAAUUAGACCCUAACUUACAUACUUUUCAUAAGUCCCACCUACCAUGUAACUUUCAGAUAUGGUAGUAUACAUUUAACUUACGCUUAAAUUUUCCUUUAACUUUUUUUAAAAGCCCAAGAGGGCUAUUUGUCUCAAAAUACAAUUUUGUGUUGAUUCAUUUUUGUUUUCCUUUUCAUUUGAAUCUAUUCCCAUUUGGCAAAAUAUAAAAUAUUUAUCUUUCAGGUUUAAUC